UCCCCCGGGAGCCGACCUCCUCCUUCCUCUCGCUCGCCUGUCAGAGAAAGCGACGCCCCCUCCCUGUCCGGCCGGUUACCCACGAAAGCCCAAAAUGAGAUGUUAAACGCACGCUUCCACAGCUUUCCGCCGGAAGCCUGGGUGUAUCACGGUACCGGCGACGGGACGAGGCAUCCGCGCCGAGCUCACGCCCCGCCUCCGCCGGCCCGCAGCUCCCGCCGCCGCUGCCGUCACAGCAGAACUCGACGCCCGCGCUUGCGUUCAAACCGAUCCAACAUGGCGCCGGCUGGCGGUGCGCGUGCGCGGCGCUAGCGCGAGGGACGGGGGUGCCCGAGGUGGGACGCGAGGGCGCACGGCGAGGCGUUGGGUCCUGGUCCCUCCUGGGAGGUGUAGUUUCCGCCGCGUGGUCUCUCGCGGUUGGGAGGGAGGGGUUCUGGGCCGUGUCCCACGCCCUCCUCGGUUUGGCCGCCGCUCUGGUCGGCACUUCCGCUCCUCUGAUCCGCGGAUCUUCGGCUGCCCCGGGGCUGUGGGAGGGGCACCCAGACGGGCAGGCGACUCCUGCUCCCCGGCAGCUGUGGCGCCGCCAGUUCCCAGGCCACAUCCCAGGCUCGCCCCGCAACCCUGGCCCUGCAGGGCUUCCUUCCAGCCAGCUCCUCGAGUUAAAAGGCAGAUGUGGGAUUGGGGAAGGGACUUGCAUCAGGGACAGGACUGAACAAACUCUUUAGGGACCUGGAUUCCCAAGGAAAAAUGACACGGAUGGGGGACCUAGGCAGGUAGCCCGAAGAAAGGGAAUUAUAAGAACAGACUUAAAGACCCAUUUACCACAUGUGUGAAACUGUCUACAAGACCUGGACAGGGUAUGAGGUGCAAAGAAUCCAGUUUCAACCUAGUGGUAUGGCAAAACCAAACAGUGCCAUCUCAAUAUUGGUUUAUGUUUACUUUCCACUGUCCUGUGGGUGAAGAUAUCCUGGACCAACACUACAUCUGAGUAUGUUCCAGUUCAUCUGAUGUUACAUCACCAGGUUAACAGAUAUGGAUUUUUCCAGGAGAAUUUAGAGAAGAGUCCCUGUGGUUAUUAAAAUUCUGGACUAAAUUUGUUAGGAAAAGUAAAGAAACCAGGUCUGUACCAGGAAAGAGAAGGUUAUAAUAGUUUACUAAAGCCUUUCUAAUACACAUUUUAAAAGUCAUCUAGGUGUUGUACUUGCUGGAGAAAUAGGGAAAAAAGUUAUGAUGACACCUAAGAAAAGUAAUUUCUGAUAAUUAAACUUUAAGAUUAUCAAGGUGCUUAACAAAAAGCUCUUUAAAGGAUUCUUUAAAUGAUGGCUUUAAAUGUGCCCAUUUUAAGAAAAGUAACCUUUUAGAUCACCUGUAACAAGGUCCCUCACUGUUUCAAGUUAACCCAAUCCUUAUAGGCUACAUGAGAGAACUAUUAUUAUUCUCAUUCUUUAAAUGUGUAAAUUGAAGUUAAAAGGUUAAGCAACUUUUCCAGAAUAAUGCAAGUAAUAGCACAGUCAAAAUUUAAAUCCUGGUCUGUUUGCAUGUUCUUUGCAUCAUACCUGCCAGCUUUGCCUACCGGAAAACAGGCUGAGAACCGGAAGGAAUAUAGCUUCAUUCACAGCAGAAACAGUACUGUUCUCAACUGUCUAAACCACUAAACCUUUUGAGCUAAAACCCUUUGGGCUGAAACAACGGAUUUCCAUAGAAUGGUUUAUACACAGUAAAAAUAUAUGGUUCAGUUCCAAAGGCUGGAAUUUGAGAUUAGGGUGCCAUCGUAAUUGGCUUCUGGUGAGGGCCUUUUCCAAAAUGUAAACUGUCAUCUUCUGGCCAUGUCUUCACAUGUCAGAAGAAGCAAAUGAGCUCUCUGAAGUCUCUUAUAAGGAUACUUAUGUCAUUCAUAAGGUCUCUGCCCUCACGACCUAAUCACCUCCCAAAUGCCUCUCUUCCAAUACUAUUUUAUUGGAGAUUAAAUCUCAACAUAUGAAUUGGUUAAGGUGGGCACAAACACUCAGUCCAUUCAGACCUAACUUCAAGUAGGAGUUCAGUAAAGGUAAAUGAAAUAAGUUCAUUUAAACUUCAUCCUGAAAUGGUGCCAUUUAAGCAAAGAUAACCGUGACACAGUCAGUCGUGUAAACAUACCAAGCAGGAAUUUUCCAAGCAGAAGAGCAAGUCCGAAGAUCUGAAGUAGGAAGUUGCUUAGCUAUGUUUGAAGAGCAGCCAGGAAGGAGUUCAAUAUGAUUAGAGCUAAAGAGACAAGAAGGCAACUAGUAGGAGAUAUGUUUUGAAGAGGAACUCAGAUCAGAUACUGUCACUACUACACACUUGGAAAGUUCAAUUCCAGAGAGCAUAUUGUGAUACAUUACAGAAAAAGAAAGCAUGUAAGAAAUAAUUAUUUAGUGAAUGACUAUUAUGUGCCAGAAUUGAGGGUAGAAUAUGUAAGUACAUUAUCUCAAUCCUCACACAUUCUUACAAUGUAUUAUCCCAAUUUUAUACCAAGAGGAAAAUGAGAAAACAAAUAGUAAGUUAAAUGCUUUGCGUGAUGUGUCAGAGAUAGAAUUUUUAUUAGGUGUCUUUGAUUCCAAAGCCUGAUUUUUGCCACUAGGCCAUGUUUUUUCAGUUGAAAAAAUGUAGAGAAAAGAUUCAUGCAUACAAUGAACACAUAACUAUUUUGUGUUUAUAGGUGACAGACUUUGUAGAAAUAGUACUAAAAGGUAAUAUACCAAUUCAAAAGUUUUUCUAUGAGUUAAGGAUGGUGGCACAUGCCUAUGAUUACAGCUGCUCAAGAGGCUGAGGCGAGAAGACUGAGCCCACAAGUUCAGGAAUAACGGGCAGCAUGGUAGGACCCUGUUUCAAAAGUCUUUUUCCCUGAGGGCAAAGUUGACAUAGUAAGGACUUGUAUACCACAUUUAAUUUUCUAGUUUGUUUUAGAUUUUGUUAUAAAACCACAAAUCUAGUUCAUAUGGUUAACAGUGGCAAAUUAAUGGUUAGCUCAAUCUGUUAUUUUCUAGUCUGUGUUUGAUGCUAUUGGUACCAAUGUAUCCAAAAGUGUCAUAAUUAUUCUAAACAUCUGUUCUUCCUGGUAUUCCAUGUCUGAGAUUGAUUAAGGGUCACAGAAAAUAAUGUUGCACAAUGCCAAAGAACCAUGGACUGGGCCAAACAAGCAGCAACUUCUCAUCUCCAACAAAUUGAACAGUCUGAUCUUCCAACAGACUCAAAACCCAAAAACCAGCUACAUUUGGAAAAUACCUCAAAGACGUCAUUACCUAAGGAUCCUAAAAACUAGCAAUAAAACAACCCACCAUAGGCAGUUUACAAGCAUCGCCUCAGGAAAUAAACUAAAAAAAAAAAAAGAAAAAAUGAGAAGACACUAAAACCAGAUGCAACCCCAGAUGUCUAGUUCACCAACGGCAAACCCAGAGGGCAGUAAGAUGGGAUAAUUCAAAAACCUCCUACCUGGCCUUUCUGAAGUAGUAACAACAAAGCAAUUGAAUGAAGCUCUGGAAAAAAAUCAAUCUCUCAGAUAACUGCAGAGAUGGUAUCCAAAAUAAAGACCAUGCUUAGUGAACCUAGAGCAGAUACAGGGAAAAAAAUAGUUAAGUUUAAGAAAAUUAUAGAAACCAUAAAUGUUCAGCAUGGGAAAGAUGGAAUCCAUAAGGCAGAUUCAAGCAGGUAUCCAGAAGAAUAAAAAUUCCAUUGUAAGUAUUUGCAUCAGAUUAAGCCAAUAUAAGGACAGGAUUGUAGAUAGAGAAAACAGGCUUGCAGUUAACGAUCAUGAAAAGAAAGAAUUCUCAAAAAUAUCAGGGGACCAUGAGAAAUCAGUCCAGCAGAUGCUAGAUGAGACAAAGAAUAACUCAAGUUUGAUUGGAGUCAAUGAAAAAGCAGGAGAUCCUAUAAAUAGAUAUUUAAAAAACUAUUCAUUAAAAAAAAAAGAGGCCAAGGAUUUAGCUGAGUGGCAUAAGCACCUGCCUGGCAGGCACAAGAUCCUGAGUUCGAUUCCUGGUACUGCAAAAGAAAAGAAAAAACUACUCAUUGAUGUCAUGGCAGAAAACUUCCCUGGUGGAGAAAAAGAAUUUGACACAUAGAAUUCAGCCAUGACUCCAUCAGGACCUGGGCUUUUCUUUGUUGGUAGAUGGACUAUAAGACAAUUGCUCAACAAACUUCCCAAGAAGUUUUUGGUUACAAUCAAGACACAUCUGGCUGGAAAGUGGUUAAAAAUUCAAAAAAGAUAACUGUUUCCACCAAGGCUUCUAAAAGAUUUGUCGGAAAUCUAUAUCGUGUUGAAGGGAUAAUUCCAGAAUCAUCAACUAAACUAUCUGAUUUCCUCUACCAGCCUGGGAACAAGGUUAUGUGGGAUAAAUCAUUGAAAACAUACGAUGUGGUACACAAGAUUGAUUCGAGCACAUUUAUAUGUCAUACCAUUACACAAAGUUUUGCCAUGGGCUCAAUUUCCCCCCGAGACUUUAUCGACGUAGUAUGCUUCAAGUGCUAUGAAGGGAAUAUGGCCAUUAUCAGUUCUAAAAGCGUGGAUUUCCCAGGAUAUCCUCCAACUUCUGAGUAUAUCCGUGGUUAUAACUAUCCUUGUGGUUUUGUAUGUUCACCUCUGAAAGAAAACCCAGCAUAUUCCAAACUAGUGAUGUUUGUUCAGACAGACAUGAGAGGGAAACUGCCCACAUCAAUAGUUGAAAAAACGAUGCCUUCCAACUUAAUAAAGUUUGUCCUCAAUGCAAAAGAUGGAUUAAGGACACAUAAAGCUCCAUCAGGAUGUGGAAAUCAUAGUGGCCAUUCAUCAUCCCCCCCCAAAAAAUAAGAUCAUUCUGCUACUAAAUCACAAAUUAAAGACAAUAUGAACUGCUAGUAAGUAUAAUGUUUAACUGCAGUUUACUUCUACACAUGCAUACUGUUAAAUUAUUGUAGACAAUAUUCUUCUACAAAUUAGUGAAGAUACUUUAUAAAAAUAAAAACAAGAAAACAAAACCAAGUAUAAUUUUAAUACCAUAUAACAUUAAAUAACUUUUUUUCUUUUCCUUAACAUUUUUAUUUAUUUUGUAUGCAGAUAUUUUACUAACUUUAUUAGUGCAAUUUAAAUAUACAUAAGGAUCAUAUUCAUCAUAGAGAAUUUUCACCUGUUUAUGAUAGCUCUUGAUGCUGCUUUUUUUCCCAAUCCCCUUCCCUCCCUUCAGCUCCUCUUUUCCUCCUUAUUUAUAAAGUUUUGUUUCCUAAAUAACUAUGAUUAAUACAUUUUUAGUUGUUGCUUUUUGUCUCUGGGAAAUGCUGUGUAUGCAAAUAAUUUCAUACAAACACAAAUGCAUUUAGAGAUCAGUAGUAAAUACGUUUUUUCUUUACUAACUGCUUAAAUUGAGGAUUGCAAGAAAUGUGAACAUAAAAAUUAAGAAGAAUUCAACUAGCAGGUUGAAGGUAUGGCUCAGUGGUAUAGUACUUCCCCUAGGUUUCAUCCUCAGCACUGAAAAAAACAAUCCCACUAGACUACCUGACCAGUGACAUUUAGUCUCCAUUCCCACUUGGCAGCAACAAGGUAAAAUAAGGUGGUGGGACAAGGAACUAGCCAGCACUCCACUUCCUUGUUCCUUCCCCUGGUGUCAGUGGGUUUAUAUACCCACUGGGAGGUACCCUGAAUAUAUACAUGAAUGUUUACUUUUGUCAUGAAGGAAUUAACAGAAAGGAAGAUGAACUGCCAUCUCAUUCAUCUACAAUGAGUUUCAGUCAGAGUGGUGAUAAAUACUGUUUGGCCCUUACACCACACCUGAAUCCUGAGGUUGCCUGCUAAAAAGGAGUCUAGAGUGCUUCACAAAGGACAGAAGACUGGGAUGGAUAAAGAUAUACUACCCUCAUAAGUAUACUAAUCAUAUGUGAUGUUGACAAAGAAUCAAAGACAAUUCAAUGGAAGAAAGUGUAUCAGCAAGUGGUGCUGGAGCAUUUGGAUACCUAAUAUUAUUCCAUAAUAAUAACUAAUUCAAAAUGGAACAUAUACAAAUGCAAACCUUUUAGGAGAAAAUCUUUAUAACUGACAGCUAGGCAGAAUUCUUAAACAUGGCAUCAAAAGCAAGAUUGCUAAGAUGAUCAUCAAGAUAUAAUAUCUAUGCUAUAUGAAGGACCCUGUGAAGAUGAUGAAAAGACAAGCAAUAGACUGGUAGAAAACAUCAGCAAGACAUUCUGACAAAGAGUUUGUAUCUAACAUUUAUUAAGAAUGUUCAAAGCUCAACAGUGUAAAUAACAAUCCAAUUAGAAAAUGGCCUAAACACAUUUCAUUGAGCAGAAAACACAGUAAGUAAACUCAUAAAAAAUAUUCAACAUAAUUGGUCAUUAAGUAGAUGGAAAUAAAAAUCAAAAUGAGAUGUCAGUACUUUUUUUCAGAAUGACUAAAUUUUUUUUUUUUGUCUUUUUCAUUUUUAUCGGUACCAGGGAUCGAACUCAUGACUACCUGCUUGCAAGGCAGGCGCUUAUGCCGCUGAGCUAAAUCCCCAGCCUCUAGAAUGACUAAAUUUUUAAAAAUAUAUAAUAAUAAAAAUUAUUAGAAAGGAUAGAAAAACUGGAUCAUUCAUAUAUUGCAGACAAAAAUGAAAAAUAGUAUUGCAAAUCUGGAAAAGUUUUAAGUGUCUCACAUAACUAAGCAUGUGUUUACUAUUUCUCAGCAUAUGCACCCUUUAUUCUAGAAAAAAAAAUAUUCACACAAAAACCUGUGUAAGAGUGUUCAAAGGAGACAAAACCUGAGAACAACCUACAAAUCCUGUAAUGGGCAUAUGUUGUGGUAAUCCCUACAAGAAAUAGUAUUGAACAAAAGAACAAACUUUUUUUUUUUUUUUUUGAGACAAGGUUUCACUACAUAGUCCAGGCUGGCCUUGAAUUCACUAUGUAGCCCAUUAAGGCCUUGAACUUGUAGCAAACUUUCUCCUCAGCCUCUCAGCAGUGCUGGGAUUACAGGCAUGCAUCACCACACCCGCCAAGAACAAACCGUUGACGCACACAAUAAGUUGGAUUGUCUCAAGGGAAUCAUACUGAAUUUCAAAAGUCAAUCUCCAAAGACUGAAUAAUAUAUGCUUUCAUUUAUACAACUUUAAAGACAAGGUCUUGUUAUUCUAGGCCUUGCUAUGACCCAGGCUGGUUUUUAAAUGUGAGGUGAUCCUGCCUCAACCUCCCAAGUGCUGGAAUUUCAGGCAUGCUCCAGUUAUACAGCACUCUUGAAAUGACAAAAUGAUAGAGAUGAGGAACUCAAUUAUAGUCACAUAAGAAGGCAGGGGACAAAAAGGAAAGUGGCGUGGCUUGCAAAGAGUAGCAGAAGGAAAACGCAGAAUGAUAAAGCUGUUUGGUGUCUUGACUGUGACGGUCAUAUGAAUCUACACGUGAUAAAAUUACAUAGAACUAUGCACAGAGAUAAGUAUAAAACUGGUGCUGUCUGAAUAAAGGUGAUAAAUUGAAUAAAUUAUGUCAGUAUCAGUUUCCUAAUUGUGAUACUGCACUAUAGUUACCCACAGUGUUACCAUUGGGGGAAACUGGGUAAAUAUGAUACUACAUAUUAUUUCUUAUAACUGCAUGCAAAUCUAUAAUGAUCUCAAAAUCACUUUUAAAAAAUAGAGGCCAAGGGCUGGGGAUUUAGAUCAGCAGCAUAAGCACCUGCCUUGCAAGCAGGCAAUCGUGAGUUCAAUCCCCGGUACUGAUAAAAAGAUUUUUAAAAAAAAUAGAGGCCAGCUGUGGUGGCACAUACUUGUAGUCCUAGGUACCUGGGAGGCCUAGAUGGUAAGGUCAUUUGUGCCUACAAAUUUGAGAUCAGGCUGGACAACAUAGUGUCUCAAAAUAAUAAAUAAUAAACAGAAAGACCUAUUCAAGAAAACAAUGAGUCAUAAAAUUAGAAUGCUAUCUCACAGAUAAUAACAUUUUAAAAUUUGACUUUAAUUACCUAUCAUUCCUUAUUAAUUACCAAUAGAUAGUUGAUAGGUUUAUGUUAUGAACAUUCUUUCCAAGUCUUACUCUUCCUAUAGGGAAGAUUUUCUAAUAUCAUUAUAGGGACUGAAAUGACUGUCAAAAGUAAAGUCUAAUUUUAUAAAUUUAAAUAUGACCAGUACCGAUAAAAAUGAAAAAGACAAAAAAAAUUUAAAUAUGAAGUCAUAAAUCUAAAUUAGCACAUAUUUUUUUACGGGAAUCGAACUCAGGACUUUGUGCUUGCCAGGCAGGUGCUGUGCCACUGAGCUAUAUCCACAGACCUAGCACAUGUAUUUUUGAAAUUGUGGUUUGAUGAAACAUAUGAAGACUCAAAAAAAAUCAGACCUCCCAAAUUUAAAGAUCCAAUCCAAAAUUGGGCAUCUGAGAUGCAUACACUAACUUUUCUUAGUUAAUUGAAAAGACAGGUUUGUGCUAAUUUUGUUUGAACAAUUAAAUGCCUAUGUCUUGUUCUCUGAGUAACUAAUUUAAAGAUAACAAUGUAAUAUAUUAGCCAUUGAUACUCUUUUAUCUUCUUUUGAAAUUUUUUUCUCGGGGCUGGAGGUUUAGCUCAAUGGUACAAGCGCCGGCCUGCAAGUGCGAGGUCAUGGAUUCGAUCCCCUGGUACCAAAAAAAAAAAAAAAAAAAAAAAAAAAAAAAUUAGGUUUGAAAUUUUUUUCUCUUAAAAAAAAAGAAAUUGUGGUUUGAAGAGAUCUGAUGUUUUAUUAAAAAUGUAAGUUCAAAAUUGAAGUGUAGGAUGAUAAAUAUUCUAAUGAAAAAUGGGAUAUUUCCAAUGCAAAGUCACUUCAGAUACCUGUAAUAACCACCUUCUAGGUUAAAAUGUUUGUCUUCUAGCCACCUUUAAGAGAGAGAGAGAAAAUGUAAAGAAAAUUAGUAAGCAGGGAGAAGAACACAGCGAGGAAGAUGCUGGAAGCUGAGAAAUAUGUACAACCACUGAGGUUUGAGAAAUAAAGGUAAUCUCUGCUUUCUGUUCCCCAAUGUUUGAAUGUUUUCUAUCUUGUUAAAACUGUAGAUACUGGGUAUUAUUUUUCCUUCUCUAAUACAUUUUCAGGGUCAGAAUUAUAGGUACAUUUAUGAUUUAGGGUAUGAUUUACUUUGCUGAAUAUGCCACUGUAUUAAAUCAUUUUCCUAGCACUGGGGUAGACAUCCACCACUUAAAGAGGUUGGCUUUGGCUCGUGGUCUUCAAAGGGUCUGGUCUACGAUAAGCUGGCUCCCAGGCAGACAUGGGACUGCAGAGGGUAUGGCAGAGAACAGUUGCUCACCCCAUGGCAGUCAGGCAGCAGAGUGCAAGAAGGGAGGAGUUAGGGACAAGAAAACACCUUCUAAGUCAUGUCCAAUGCAGCCUACCCCUUCCACCAGACCCAGCUCUAAACCAGACUUUGGGCGACAUUUUAGACCUAAACCAUAACGUUCUGCCCCUGGUCCCCAGAAGGCUCAUGUCUAUCUCAAAAUGCAAAAUGUAUUUAGUCCAUCUCUAAAAGAUGACAAAAUGUUUCCAAAGUCUCCUCUGAGAUUCAAGACAGCUUGAGUUGUAAAUCCUUGUAAAUUUCAAAAAAAAAGUUAAAAUACUUCUAAAAAUACAAUGACUCAUGAUAAGCAUUCCCAUUUGAAACUGGAUGAAUAGUAAAAUCCUUAAUCAGACUAACAGAAGACCAAAAAUCAGCAAACCUUAACUCUUGCAGCUCAUUGUGCAACACACAGGGCAGUCUGAGGUGAAUAUGAUAUAUCAAAAGGCUGGGUCACAGGAAGUCAAAUAAUAAAAUAGCAUUGCAAUGGGGCGAGUUAAGUUGCAAAUAUGAAAACUUGGAAAGGACAAGGAAAGGCCCCUGCUGACCAGAUGGAGUCCUGAACAGUGCGAGAAGUUUGUCUAGAGCAGUGGUGGCAAACCUAUGGUACCAUGCUGCCGUGAGCUGAAAGUUCUAAAGCUUCUCCACCACAGCUCUAGAGGUUUCCUCCUCCUCCACAAGUAGCUUCUUAGUACCCAAAUAGUACUUGGCUUCCUAGUGCAGAGUUCAAAAGUUCAGUUGCUCAGCAUUCCUAAAUUCUCCCAGACCAACCCAGAUGCAGGAAGAGAUUUGUUUACUUAAUACAUUCCAUUCCCUUUAAGGAAUGUGUUCCCUGAGUCACAGUCUGACUGCCUGCCUUCAUCAUAACUCUUCAUUAUGGCACUGCCAGUUGCAGCCCACCUGACCUCUCUUUUAGGUUGGCUCCACUCACUGCCUGCAGUUUUCAUCAGCAAAUAGUCAGUGUUCUUGGAAUCAUUUAAAUUCCUGGGGAAGCUGGGCAUGGUGGUGCACACCUGUAAUCCCAGCACUGUGGAGGCGGAAGCAGAAGCGUCAUCGCAAGUUCAAGGCCAGCCUGUGCUAUAUAGUAAGUUCAAAGUCAGCCCGAAUUACAUGAGACCUGUUUCAAAAAACCAAGCAAAACUAAAUAGCAAAUUCUGGGGCUAUCAACUGCAUCUUUGACUACACUGUCACAGCUUCAUACACUGCUCUCAGGGGCACACUGCCCAUUCUCCCAGGCUUUCUUUUGAAUUCUGGGGGAAAGCCUCCAUGACCGUACAGCUCUUGAAUUUCAUGGCUAUAAAACAAGCACUGUAUAGAUGACAAUAAGGUUCUACCACAAGCUGGGGCAGUAACUUGGCCCCUUAGACCCUGGGUGCAGUGGCCUUGGAGUGCCAGAUGGAUGAACUUCGGGGAGCACUUAUUUAUGUGACCCCCGAUGACUACAACACCCUAGGGUUUUCAUAGUAAUCUUUCAAAGGUGUUUGCAGGUCCACCCUUGUGCCUGCAGAGGUAGGAGUCAGGUCAAUUUCUUAUAUGCCUUCAACUCAUCUAUGUAUCUAUCUAUCUAUCUUUCUUUUUUUUUUUUUUUUUUUUUGAGACACAAUCUUGCUAGGUAGCCUACUGACCUUGAACUCACAGUAAUCUUCCUGCCUCAUCCUCUAGAGUGCUGAAAUUAUAGGCAUCUGCAAGUAUGCCCAGCUUGGCUUCUUUCUAAUGUAUUAAUCAUUUUUAGAACAUUUAAUCCUUUUAGCAAUCACUCCUUUGUCCAACUUUGUAGAUGCUUUCUUUCUGGAGGGACUGCAAACUUUUUAUAUUUGCUUUUACUUUUUAUUCUCACUGUAAAUCUUGGCUAAAAACAGUGAUUAGUACCCAUGCCACAGCCUGAACAUUAUAGACUACCUUUCAAUGUGCUCCACCAGAUUAAUAAGCCAACAGCUUUAUAUUGAGCCUCACACAGUCUUAGUACAGAACAAAACUUAGACAAAUAAUUUUAUAGCAUGAAACACGCAUGGCUUCUAGUUCGAUUUCUAAAACAGAACUCAUUUCCAUCUGAAACUUUAUGAGCCUGAACUUCACUAACUAUCCACUAUUAACCUUCGUUCAUCAAGAUAUGCUUACAUCAUUCUAGAGCUUCUCUAACCCACAUCUACAGAGCUUUCCAAAGUCCCCCAACAAACAGUUCCAAAGGCUUCCAAAUCAAAUGGUCAGUUAUCAUCAAUCACACCAACAGCUCUACUUCUCUGGUAUCAACUGCAUGUCUUAGCACUGGAACAAAAAUAACCAACACCCACAACCUUAAAGAACAGGUUCAUUUUGGCUCACAGUUUCAGUGGAUUCAAUCUGUAGUAGGCUGGCUUCAAGGCAAAAAUGGCAUGCCAGAGGACAGCUGCUCACCCCGUUGCAACUAAGAAGCAGAGGAAAGAGCUGGGGAAAAGAAUGCACCUUCCAAGUCACGCACUCAGUAACAUCCCCUCUGGCCAGGCCUCACCUCCAAACAUGAAACUUUUGAGGGACAUUUUAGGUCUAAACUACAACAGUCACUUCUGCUGUUUUCCAAUUUAGUAUCCUCUUAGAAGAAUGUGAGUCUUUAUUCACUAACUCCAUAAACAUACUAAUGGUUGAAUCACACACUGUAAUAUACAAGGGAUAAUCAAAAUAUACAGUGAAUGUUAAAAACAUUUGUUACAGUGAAAGACAUGUAGCCAUUAAUCCUCCUCAAUAUAUUCACCUUCAAUUCGAACACACUUUUCCCACACUCCUUGCCACUUAGUUCUGGAAAUCCUUCUAUGUGUCUUUAUGACGUGUGAUCAAGAAUCAAGUACAUGUUACUGCCAAAUGCCAUCCAAUGGAAAACAGCCUUAUGAAAACACUGCAGUCUCCUCACUCACUAUUCACCAGAUCUGGUGUCAUGUAACUUCUGGCUCUUCCUCAGAGUUAAGAUGAUGGCAAAGGUAAAUGUUUGAAUUGAUUCAGGACACUGAAACAGUCAUAGCAACACAACUAAAGACAUGAAAGAGGACUUCAGAACUACUUCAGGAAGUGGCAAGAAUCAUAGAAUGAGUGUUCAAAGUGAGGCAAAGGAUUUUUAGGGGAACUAAUGGCUAUGUGUAUUGUACUGUAUUAUUUUUAAAGCUAAAUAUCAUUUUUUUCAAUUACAUCUGAUACAUUUGUCCCUUGGUAUCAUCAGCAUUCCAGCACACCAGCCCUCCAUAUCAAAAUGUGUAGCAUAUAUUCGCAAAUAACCUAUGGACAUCCAUUUACAUUGUCAUGUUAUUUAUUUAUGAUAAUACCGUAUAAAUGCUAUUAUGUACAGCAUCAUUAUACUGUAUUAUUUCAGUGAUAAUGAUAAGAAAAAUGUCUGACAUGUCCAAUACCUGUUUUUCACAAUUCUAAAGCCAAGGCUAGAUAACUCUGGGAUGCAAAACAUGCAGCUAUAGAAAGCCAACUGUAUAUUCCUUUGAAAUUAGAAAUUAUAUUCACUAUUAUAAAAAUGAACUUCACCUGUCAUGACACAUGAUCCAUUGACAGUGGUACAAGCUUAUAACUUUGAAGUGAAUAAAAACACGAGUAUAUUAAAAUGUACAGUUUGGCCAAAUAGCUAAGUAUAUAAUCAGUAUUUGGCCCAACCAAAGUUGAGGUUUUACUCAAAGGUACUGAUUGUGUUUAAAAAUUUAAUAGCAGUUUAAAAUUUGAUUUUUAUGUUCCAGGAAAAACAAUGUUAGAAUUGUCAGUUACUGGACCAUAUAUACCUACAGAUGCUAUGUUGUACAUCAUCCAUAUUAAAAAAAACACUCAGGUUCAUGGAGUGGAAGCGUAGGCUGGUGGUUGAGCAGCUUGUCUAGCAUGCGCAAACCCUGGCUUCCAUCUGCAGUACUGCGUAAAUACAUACAUUCAUACACACUCUCUCUUUCACUCUCUUCUGAUUCAAGUGACAUGAAAUUACUUGCUUAUCUGAACAUAACGGUUUUUUUCAACUCCACAGUUUUCAGAAUGAACUUUUGAUUUAGGAUUUAUAACUUGCCAAAUCUCUAAAAUGCUUGCUCUUCAACUACCAAACCUGGCAGUUUACAAUAAAUCAUUUUGAUAAAUUCUAAUUUGAAUUUCAGCCUACCUUUUAGAGGUUGCUCUGGGACUUAAUUGGUCAGAAUAAAACUAACUGGUAACUGGUUUUCACUUUCUUUACUUAUCUUUUUCAAGCAAUGAAGAUAAUUUAUAGCUCUAUGGCAAUCAAUUGCCACAGUGAUGAUGUGUACCAGAUAAAAAGCCUGGCACAAUUGACUUCACUUAUCUUGUGUUUGUCAGUGCUUUAUGCAGCAUAAGCUGGGCUCUCAUGUGUCUGACCAUUAGCUGUGGAACAUCUGAGAGAAAUGUUGUGGACCACACCUGGGAUGACCUCUCUCUGCUUUGACACUGUCAUCCUCAAAAGCCUAAGUUGACAAUAUUCUCAUGAAGAAGGAAAUGGAGCAGGAGAGGAAACACAAACGUUUUUAAAUACCUUUCAAGUUUGAUAUUCCAUUGGCAAAGUCACAGGAGCAAAUUCAUAAGCAAAAACAGAAUUUACUUUUUUAGUAAAACUGUAAAUAUGAUAAAAGGUUAUCUGGGUACAAAGUGACCUGAGAUCAUUAAUCUAUCUGAGCUACCAUAUUUCACCCUAUACGUAUACUUACCUUCAUUCAAUAUGAAAGAUACACAGUAUUCUAUUCCAAGACCUUGAAUGGUCUCAUAAAACCACAGUAUCAGUCUUCAAGUUUAGGAUUUCAUAGUAUGUGGCAGGCACACAUGCAGUUCCACUUGAGACAGACUUAUUAAGCUGUCCCCCCCCAACAUGCACGUAUCCAGUACAUGUGACAAAGAACAGGAUAACCACAGUAAAUACAUCAGAAAUGGGAAAGAAUGGGAACCACAGUCAUUGGUACUUAACAUUUUCUGACACUCCACCAAGCCUACCAUUCUGGCAAUUGGAAAAUACUCAGUUACGCCAAUUCUGUUCUUUGGGAAUAACUGCAAUACACUGUUCUCCACAGCUUUUGGCUACACAGUCUGGUAUGUCCUUUUUCCCUCACCAUCUUUUAUUAUUUCUGAAGAAAUGACCAGAUAGCUUCUAAUUUACUUCCUGAGGCUACAUCCUACCAAAAGAAAGGGAGGGACCCACAGAAUUUUUAUAUUUUGGAGAUAGGGCUUCCCAUGUAGUUCGGGCUGGCCUUGAACUAUGUAGCCCAUGCUGGUCUUGAACUCGCUGGGAUCCUACUGCCUCAGCCUCCUGAGAGCUGAGAUUACAAAUGUGCACCAACAAACCCCACAGACAUUUUUAUAAAUUGAACUUUUAGUUCUAGUACUUGGUGUUUUUACAAAGCUGUACACUUUAAAACUUUUGAGCUUUCUGUUUCUGAUUAUGAUCCAUUCAUACACAAAAGCCACACAAGUAUUAUGACUUCUCUAAAGACUUUUAGUGAUCUUUUGAGAUCAGAAUUCCAUCAGAACCUACCCUUAAACUUUGUCAAUCUGAGAUUACUCAGCACCACCUAAGGAGGCUUAACGAAGCAUCUGACAGAAUCUCCUUUGAUUUGAUGUUUGACCUUUGGUAAUAUCUUUGAAAUUUAUGUUAGAGAAGCCAGAGGGAAAAAAGUUUGCUUUGCUCAUUUCUCUGUAUUACAUUUCACAUGUGCUUGCAAACUAAUGGGCUUUAAAAAACAAAAACACCUCAACUGAUUCUUAUGCAGUUAAGUACCACCAGGUGGCGCCUUCUACAUUUUGCCUGGAAUACCUAGUCCAAAACCAAGCAUUAGAUACAUUUUCUUUUAUAAAACCUUAUGAAGUCUCUUUAUCAUUACUGAAACAUUUACUAGCAGUUUUCUCAACCUAUUGUUACCACAAAUCCUAAAUACCAUAUAUUUUGUUUUUGUUGUGCUGCAGCAGUUACCUAUUUCUGAAAUAACAGCACAAAUUUAUUUUUGGUGGCUCAUAAAGAACAUGCUUCAUUAUAAAACGAUCUAAUGCACUCUCAAUAUUAACUCAAUCUUUCCCUGCUCAGCAACUUGAGAACUGUGUUUAUACAUAAAAUAGAUUUCAUAAUCAUUGGUUACUGUUUUUCCUUAAAAUAAUAUUUGUUUUGAUGGAAUCACAACAGAAAGCUCAUGAGAUUUUAAGUAACAUCUAGAAUGUUUAUCUAAUUUGAGAUAAAUCUUCAGAUGUUAAAAAACCUAAAUGUGAUGCCUUAUUUUUAAGACUGAAAUCAUGAAUACUAGUUAGAUAUGAUGAGAACUGAAUCACAUUUCAUGCAUAUCAUGGGAUGCCACAAAUGAUGCUGAAAUAAUUAUUUUGCUACCUAAAACCAAAUAACUGUAUUUGGCUGAACACCAACUAGCACUGAACAUAUUAGUAAAUAUACACAUAAACCAGGAAUGUGUGCCCCUAAGUGAUUUUUUCUGUUACUGUUGCAUCAAUGAAGAUACUGUGCUAGAAAAUUAUAUAGUGUAGCUAAGACUAACAAUGAAAUAUUGUACUACUAACAUCUCUAAUUUCUCUCAUUUGUUAUACAGCCUUGUACGUUUGGUUGAGAUAGAGCAACUUGAUGCUGAAUUUUAUUACAGUCCAAUUUUGCAAUUUCAGAAAAAAAUUCUAUUAAACAAAUAUAACCACUUUUUAAGGGGCUUUUCCCCCCCUUUUUUGGUACCAGCAGUCAAACUCAGGACCUCACACUUGCCAGACAGAUCCUGCAUUGCUGAGCUAUACCCCAGGCCAACUACUUUUUAAAAAUUAAGCAAUUGCAUGUGAGGUAUGAUGGUACACCUCUGUAAUCACAACACUGGGGGUACUGAAGCAGGGGGGGUCUCCAUAACUCAAGGCCAGCCUGGGCUACAUGGUGAGUUCAAGGUCUGCCUGAACUACAUAGUGAGACCCUGCCUCAAAUUAAACAGAAAAAACUCUGAGAUCAAAAGGAUUAAAAAAGAUAAAAAGAUACACUCCUCUCUCUCAAGAUAAGCAUAUAGGAAAUAUUUUUAAAUUUAGAAAUAGUUUCUCAGAUUCAAGGGAAUAAGAACACACACAAAAAAAUACACUCCUCUCUCCCAAGAUAAGCAUUUGGGACAUAUUAAUAAUAUUUCAAUUUUUUGCCUUUUUUUUUUAAAUUUUGAAAGUAUACAACAGUACAAGUCAGAAUAAAGCCAACUAAGAUCAUACAGUGAAAUUGGUACAGAACUUCACAGCAGGUUACCGGGAUAACAGUUAUAGGUAUCACAGUAUAUUUUGUUAUCUUUAAUAAUAGUUGUUCUUUCAAUCACGUAUAUCAAAAUGGGAUGAAAUAUAGAACACUAUAGAACUUAUCAAAACAGAAAAUUGAAUAGAGCAGUACCAUUAAUCAGAAAAGAGCAAAACAGUAAUAAAAAUAUUUGCCUUCAAAGAAAUGGUAGAAGGAAGUCCUCCUUAUUUCCUAUGGCCAACCUCCCAGGAGAUGCUCAGAUUUCUGGUUCCUAUUUGCUAAUGGGCCGGGGGGGUGGGGGGGAUAGGGGAAGUGGGAUAUUUGACUCUAGGCCAUGUAGCAGUAGGUUCACUAUUCCUAAGCAUUUGUUUUCACAGCGUCCUCAGUUCCAACAUGGCGUGGAUCUCAGGAGACACUGCUGGUUCUCCCCCUGGAAGGGCUGCAGUCUCUUCAAUUUAAAGAUUAAAGAAGUAGAAUAUGAUUGUUGUUUGGAAGGAAGGCAGAUAUUUAUUGUAUUGGAAAAUCAAACCAUGUUUGAGCAUGUUAAAUUUUUACAAGUAAUCAAAAGUAAUUACAAUAGAAUGUUCACACUUCAAACAUAAAUGGCAAGACUAGACCAGUCCAUAAAGAAGAGAUGAUAAAAAUAUGUGUGUGUAGGAGAACAUUAAUAUUGCAAGAAGAAGAAAAAAAAAGACUGCAAAAAUAAAUGCAAAUAGAUUGGUACUUUGGUACUAUAAGCACUCUUUACAGAGUUCUACUACAAAGCACUAGUUCAGUGAUGGCAAACUUUUUACAGCUUUCAAAGAUAAUAAUCACAUCCUGCUGCUGAUUUGUCCUAAUCCCCGUACAGUCAACACAGGAAAAAAACAA